CGCUUCACGGCGUAUUCCUCCACCCUUUCUACGAGCUUCAUCAACAACAACUCCCUUUGAGCGGCUAGACUAAGCUCCCUCACCCUCUCCGAUGCGGCUUCUCAAGACUGGGGCUUUUGUGCGCGCCGCCCAAGCCGCCAAAUUCUCCGUCCCUAGCUGUUCAAGGAUUCCUAUUUCGUCCCCGGUCACGGUCCCAUCAAGAUGGGCAUCCUCCCAGGCGCAAGCCCAAGCUUCGCCCGACGAGCAACCCUUCCCUGAACAAUCUGUCAACCUUGUCAACGAGGUUGACCCAGCAAAGACUGCGGCGGCAUCAAGUCAGAGCGGAGAUCAUGCCAGGUUUGAGAAAAAGUUGCAAGAGUUGGACCUGGGGAAUGAAAUUAUCCGCGAGAAUGGACAAUCUGGAGCAAAGAUCUUGGGGGCACCUUACAUCUUCGAUCAGACCUCGAAUCUGUCCAGCUCCAUCCUGGACCUCGUCGGUCGUAACCUCUAUGACCAUCCUGACCAUCCCAUCUGCAUUACUCGGAAGCUCAUCGAGUCAUGCUUUGAAGAACCGACCUACAAACACUUCGCCAUGGGCAAUCCAGUUGUGACAGUCAGAGACAAUUUUGAUGUCCUGGGCUUUCCGGCAGACCAUCCAGGUCGCUCGAGGACAGACACAUACUAUGUCAAUUCAACCCAUCUCCUGCGCACACAUACUUCUGCCCAUCAAAACGCUGCCUUUCAGUGGCUAGCCAAUAACCCUUCUAGCAAAGGCUACACUAUCUGCGCCGACGUCUACCGCAGAGACAGUAUUGACAGGAGCCAUUUUCCAGUCUUCCACCAAAUGGAAGGCGCCCGAGUCUGGGAAGCUCAGCGGAAUAGAGCCGCUCAGAUUGAGCGCAACUGUGAAGAGAUGCCCAAGACGGGUCUCGUCGUAGAAGACCAAGCCACCGACUUCACCGGGACUGCGAAUCCCUUGCAGCCCGAACAUAACCCAGACGAAGUGUACCAAGUCGCCAGGCAUCUUAAACUCAGCCUUGAGUAUCUGGUCAGCCGCAUCUUCGAGGCCUCACGGCAAUCGCUCCCUUCCGCUGCCAGAACAGACGCCCCCAUGCAAGCCCGCUGGAUCGAAGCUUAUUUCCCUUUCACAUCACCAUCAUUCGAGCUCGAGGUUUUGUGGCAUGGAGGCGAAUGGUUGGAGCUUUUAGGAUGUGGAGUCGUCAAGCAAGGCAUCUUGAACAAAGCUGGAUUGAACGACCAUAUCAGCUGGGCGUGGGGUGUUGGCAUUGAACGCUUCGCCAUGCUCUUAUUUGGCAUCCCUGACAUCCGUCUGUUCUGGUCCACGGAUCCAAGAUUCCUGAAACAGUUCACUCGUGGAAAGAUCACCAAAUUCGAACCAUUCAGUAAAUACCCAGCCUGCUACAAGGAUAUUGCCUUCUGGAUCAAGCCUGUCCCUUCAGCUUCGUCACCCCUCGGGUCACAGUCAGCCCAUACUACUUCAGGUGUUGCAGCUGCAGCUGGUGGAGAUGCCACAAAGGCUUCCCCUGCAGAAACACAGCCAGCCGCUUUCCACGAGAAUGAUAUCAUGGAAGUCGUACGGGACGUGGCGGGCAGUCUGGUCGAAGAUGUGAAACUAGUGGACGAAUUCGUGCAUCCUACGACAGGUAGGAAGAGUCUCUGUUAUAGGAUCAACUAUCGAAGUCUCGAGAGAACAUUGACGAACGAAGAAGUCAAUGGUCUGCACGAGGAAGUCGGAAGAAGGAUGAAAGACCUGUUUGGAGUCGAAUUGCGUUGAAGCCCUUCACCGACCUGGACCUUUUCUGACGGUGCGAUUAUGGCCGUUGUUGAGCGAAGCAGCUCGCCGAGUCGAGACCUGCCCGUCGAACAUCGGGCAGGUUAUCAUGAUAGGCAGGCAAGCGGCUUCGAACGACAAGUUCGGGUCCGGGUUCUCCUUUGGAUCACGCCCAUCGCCCGUCACUGGAGCUAUCGAACCCACAGACACCAGCCUUGUAUAAAUUUCAGACGACUACGUGAGGGAAGAAAGCAGAUGCAUAUAUUCGCGGAAGACAUAUUGUAUUACUACCUUUAUUUCCAUGCUCUCCGAGGCACUCAUCUCCGUCAGUGAAAAUGAGGUUAUAAUUAUGCACAGUGGUUCUAGUAAUCCCAAUAUGUAAGAGAAGAGGUUGUGCUGUACAAGGAAGAAGAGCCCGGAAAAUGCCAGGCCACAUUGAAGCACGUUUAAGCAACAUCUCAUGCGGCUCCGUUGUGAUCAUCUCCAACGCCGCUCGUGGCUUGACACAUACCCACCCAGCCGACAUGCAUCUGUGC